AUGGCUCCAUUUGAGGCUCUAUAUGGAAGGAAGUGUGGAACACCUUUGUGUUGGUAUGAAACUGGAGAGACGAUCCUAUAUGCACUAGAUAUGGUUCAGAAGCAACAUGAGCAAAUCAAAUUGAUUAGAGAAAAGAUGAAAAUAGCACAAGAUAGGCAAAGGAGUUACUAUGAUAAGAGGAGAAAACCAAUGAAGUUUCAGGUGAUUGAUCAUAUAUUUUUGAAAGUUUCACCUGUAACUGGAGUUGGAAGAGCUCUAAAAUCUAAGAAGUUAUCUCCUAAGUUUAUUGGGCCAUUUGAAGUGCUAAGUAAAAUUGGUCCUGUUGCUUAUGAAAUUGCUUUGGCUCCAAAUCUCUCAAACUUGCAUCCUGUAUUCCAUGUAUCUCAACUUAGAAUGUAUAUUCCUGACCCUACUCAUGUGAUAGAACUUGAUCCUGUUCAAGUGAGAGAGAAUUUGUCAUAUGAUGUACAACCGGUGAAAAUUGUUGAUUGCCGUGUUAAGAAAUUAAGGGGUAAGGAGAUUUCACUUGUUAAAGUAAUAUGGAAUACUAGUGAUGAAGGAGAUGCCACGUGCAAAGUUGAGAAUAAGAUCAGAAAAUUAUAUCCUGAUCUUUUUGUAACUUAG